UUCGCACUGACAGGCGGUGAAAUGACUCGAUUGCGCCACAAGAAGAGAUGAGAAGAACAGAAACUUGAAUGCUUUAAUUUUAUGCUAUAAUUUAAUGCUGGUCUCCUUUUUGCAUUGGCUGCCUAGAGGAGGAGAUAAUAUUUGUUCGAGGUCAGCAACUGGGAGGAUUAUCCGAUUGAACAGUGAGAAGAUUAUAUGUGAUUAACAGAUGUAAAUAUGACUGAGCGGAAACAUGCUGUCUUUAUGCACUGACUUGUUUGCAUGGAAAAGCCUCCAAAAUCCUCCCGAGCCUCAGUCCUUAUCACUGUUGACCCUUCAUCAUGGUGGACCUGUUCAUCGAUCGGGUCCUGCUGAAGAACAACAAGGAACACGAUGAGCUGAACACAGAGCGUGAGAUCGUCAUGGGCCUGCAGAACCGCAUCCUGAUGCUCUUCUUCGCCUCGGCUGCGUGUGAUGGCUGCCAGCAGUUUGCUCUCACGCUCAGCAACUUCUUCAAACGGCUGACCGAUGAAUUCUACGUGGAUCGCUCUGCUCAGCUGGUUCUCCUAUACAUCAGUUUGGACGAUUCUGAGGAGAACCAAGAGAGCUUCCUCAAAGAGCUUCCCAAGAAGUGCCUGUUCCUGGCCUAUGAGGACCCCUACAGGAGGGAGCUCGAGGCCAUGUUUAACGUGGAGGAGCUGCCCACAGUGGUGGUGCUGCGGCCCGACUGCUCCAUCCUCGCCGCCAACGCAGUGGAGGAGAUCCUGGGCCUUGGCCUGCACUGCUUCCGCAACUGGCAGGAGGCAGCGGAGCUCAUUGACAGGAACUUCAUGAUGAGUGAAGACUUCGAGGGGAAGUCCAUGCGCAGCUUGACCGACCCGUUGAGGAGACUCAAAUACAAGGUGGAAGAUGAGAAGAAGAAAAAGAAGAAGAAGAAGAAGAAGGGCAGAGGUUGGGGUGAAGGCGGAGAGGCGGAGGUGGAUGGAGAAGAGUAAGGAGGAGGAAGACAAGGGGGGUCAUGAUGAUGGAGAAGAAGAGUAAGAGGGCGAGACUUUGGAACAGUUGCCACGAUUAGCAAAAGCUAUGUAACUAUAAUGUUCCCGGUGCUGCUAAUGUAACGCAACAAACCCUCUUCCCAAAGGAAAAUCAGACAUUCAUCAAAAAGUAGAUAAACUGAUGUUAAUUGUGAUUGGUCGUGACAGCUAGCACACCUCACAUAUGAGUGGCUGUUGACACACUGACUACCAAUAAAAAGUAAUGUACCACACUGAUGGAGCAAUAAAUGCUGCUGCCUCAGCUAGAUUCCGGAAAGUCUUUGAAUUCUGCCCAGAACACAAUCAGGCCAAGGUUAUGUCCGGGCCAAGUCUAACCAUUACGACUUGUUUUAUUACACCCAGGAGUCUAUUGCGAACAUUUCUCCAUUUUCCAAGACACAGCUCUGAUUUGUAUUUUUUACAAAAGUUGAUCUAUUUCCAAAUUUUUUCUUUGUGGCAUCCAAUCAAAACACGCCAAACACAAUCUGAAAUCAAUGAAUUAAUCAGCACCAUUCAGAUAUUUUGUUUUAUUGAGUGUUUCUUGUUGAAAGUCAAUCUACACUUUACAGACUGCACACAAGUAGCAAUCAGAGCUAUUCAAGGAGAUGCAAGUGAAAUGAUGGAAAAACUG